AUGGCCGAAGUCAUAGGCCUCGCAGCUAGCAUCAUCCAGAUCGCGGGGGCUGGUGCCAAGCUCAGCGUCGCGUUGUACAACUUCACGAACUCAGCCGCGCGGGCAGACCAAGACGUCAAGGACAUUGCCGAUGAUGUAGAGCUCACAUCAAAUGCGCUCGAAAGCGUAGGCAGGGUGUUUGAGUCCGAAGAGGCCGGAUCCAUCGUGUCGAAGAAGGCUAUCCAGGACGCUAACAACAUCAUCAAAAAGUGCCAAAGCGUCUUCGACGAAGUGUCAGAGAUAGUAGAGAAGAGGAGAAAGACUGCAAAGGAUGGAAAGAAAAGCUUGAGCGUGAUGGGUAAGCUGGCCUGGCCGAUGAAGGAACAGCGGGUCGAAUUGAACCGAAGGAGACUUGAGAGUUUGAAGAACAGCCUUGUGCUUUUGUUGCAUGUCUUGCAAUUAGCCCAAGGUCAGGCGCGAGGAAAAAUGGAAAAAGGUGUCUUGGAUGAAGAGCGUGAGAAGAUCCGCGAAUUGCACCAGCGACAGCAGGACUCACUCAAAAGCCUGCAAGCUCUCGAAAACAGAUUCUGUCAUAUCGCAAUCAAUGACGAAGAAACCCUUCGAGGAUCAAGCGUCGCCUCUCGUGUCCCAACUUUGGAGCUUAUGGCCAACGCUCCGGUUAUGGAGCUGCCUCCGCUAGAGAAAGUCCCAAAGCUUCAGCCAAACACCAUUACCAUCGAACUCUCGACCACAAAUGAUUCGGACACUUCUGACAGCGACGCAACGAUGUCAGGCGAUGACAAUGAAGAGCAGAUCUCGACCGAAGAGCUGGCAAAAGCAGCGGACCAUGUGAAGAAACUCUUAAAGCGCAUCACAAUGCUACAGAAGAGCUUCGAUGUCGACAAGAAGAAACAUCGAAAGCGACACGUGCACAAAAUGUAUCAACGCUUUUGUCGCAAAUUUGAAUCAGGUAUCAAGCUUCCGUCAGCUGCCGACUUUGGAAAGGUUGCUCCAUUCAUCGAUUUCGAUAUGAACGAUAACUCGGGCAGUCUGGAGAAUUUUGACUUUGAUAGCUUUCUUCACGUCCCGGAUCUCUGGAAACGAUCCCAUCAUUUGAUGCGCAAACGCCCCAUUAUCCUCCAGCGCCGAGUGGAAGUGCAGCCUCAGACUUUCCGUUGGAUCUGUCUGGUCAGCAACAACGACCUAGUCUUGGUCAAGGACAGUCAGCACUUGUUCAGCAGACUCCUGAAGCAUUAUCGCAGACGUGGGCGCAGUUUCAGAGGCAGGCGCAAUCCAUGGUUCAACAACAGGCUCAAGCGCAACCCAUGGCUCAACAACAGGCUCAAGCGCAAUCCAUGGCUCAACAACAGGCUCAAGCACAGCACCAAAAAGCUCAAGCGCAGCACCAACAAGCUCAAGCGCAGCGCCAUCAAGCUCAUUGGCAGCACCAACAAGCUCAUUCGCAAGCUGCAAUGCAGCCAAUGUCAGGAAUGA